AUGCGACUCGUUUGCCAAGUCUUAGAGAAGGCAUAUCGGUUCCAGAGUUGGAUUUCUGUUGAAGAUGAAAAUGUGACGUGCUUUUUAGGACAGUAUCGUUGUGCCAGACUAGAGGAGCCUCGAACCAGUUUUCUCGACAAAGCCAGGGGAAACUUGAACGUGAAAGAGAAUCGAGAGAAGAAGAUGGGAUUACAGUUUGAGAGCUUGGUGGAGACAAUAAAGUCAAAGGUUGGUUUGCUGAGGAAGAAGAAGAAGAAACUUUACAUGAAAAUGGAUAAAAGCUCAAGCGUCAGAGUCGAGAUCCGUCGUAAGAAGACCAGAGAUCUCAUCGACAAGACCUUGAAAGUCGCUGAUCGUCCUGGCAAACGAACUCUUUUCUGA